AUGGGCCGCAAAAGUAACAAGUCGAGGAGAACAACGAGAAAACCGGUAAAAUCCAGUUCUUCUUGUUGGAAUUUUCUACCCGACGCUGGACCAGGUUGCCACAUUGCACGCCAUGACACAUUCUGUUCCUCGCCAACGUCUUGGGUCAUUGAAUGGGAAACGGUGGACCCGGCCGACUUCUCCGAUGAAGACAACGAAGUUCCAGAUGUAGCUGUUGAUCCUGAAGAAAGAACGCUUUCUUUGUGUAAUAUUCGAGACAAACAUGUGGUUGCCUAUUUAACGGUAUUCGACACAGUACUCCGAGGAGCCGAUGGCAGAGAACUAGAGAGGGGCAGAACGGUGAACAACCAAGGCGUCUCCCAGUCGUGCACUACUCUCAUUGUGCUAUGCCCACCUUUUACAUUUGCUCAUCUCUGCUAUUUAGAUAUCUCAAAUGAGGGCGAAAUGCUGGAAAACUUAAAAAUUGAAAGCGACGUACAAGAAUGGAAAAAGCACCCCAAUCCAUCGGACACGCACUUGACAUCGGUAUCGUUUCCUUUCCGUUUGGAAGGAGGCCCAUAUUUAUGUACGCAAGGAGAAGGUGGACAACUUACGCAUUUUUUUGCGGGCAACCAACACGCCCUCGACUUUCGAUGCCCGGUCGGAACGCCACUAUUGGCGGUGGGACAUGGCACGGUAAUUGAUGUGAAGGACACGAAUGCGAAAAUUACUGGGGUAGCCGUGUCGAAUUUGUUCGAGUGGAAUUCUGUACUACUCGAGCUUGACGGUUCAUCAAAAGAAGGUAAAGGGGAUCCACUCUUUGUAGAAUAUGUACACAUUCAAGGUGCCUCCGUUCAAGUUGGUGACAAGGUAAAACGCGGUCAGGUGAUUGCCACUAGUGGAACCGUUGGAUUCAGCCCCGAGCCGCACUUGCAUUUUUGCGCAUACCGGAGCCCCGACAUGAGCGCACCUACCGUCCGUGUAUAUUUUCAUUCUACUAGAGAUCCGCAGGAGACGUUCCUUCCACGAGCGGGGCAAUACUACGAUACCAACGGCCUCGUUGAACAAGACGGUGAUACCGCAACGAACGACGACGUCGGUUCCUAG